ACGUCUACGAUUGGUCGUUCUUAGGCAAAGAUUUAAUUUUGAAAUUUUCUAUAUGGUGUGGAAGAGGCUCAUGCCCGAACUUCGUCUAAUCCCCAGGCUCUUAGACUAAAAUCAUGCCCAAAUUCAAGCAGCGAAGAAGAAAGCUAAGAGCCAAAGCCAAACGAUUGUUUAAGAAGAAAGAAGCCUCACAGGUCCUGCCUAAGCUAUUGACACCUCCCGCUCCACCACCCACACCAGAGAGAGUGGUUACAUCUUCAACAGAUAUUCCCCAAAGCAGAAACUGGCUAAGACCAUCUUGGAACUUCAGAUUUCCUAACAUCAAAGAUGCAAUAAACCUUUGGACAAAUAGAGCAUGGUGCAUAUACAGUUGCUGUCAGACCUGUGUAGCCCAGAGUUUAGAAGUAUUGAAAGAUGCCAUCUUCCCAUCCCGAAUCUACCACAGAGAACUUCACAGUCUAAAACAAGAAUUGUGUGUUUUGAAAAGUGAAUUGUGCAAGCUCCAAAAAAACCUAAAGAGCAUCUCAGAAAACUCAUCUUGUUCAAGCUGUUGUCACACGUGUUGCAUGAAUAAUAAACUUACAACUGUGCCUGCCCGAGCUCCAACAACCCAUGAGGAAUCCCAAAUAACACUUCCUCCCACACAGCCACAGCCAGCCAGACAUCCUCCCCCUCUACCUCCGCCUCCUCCUCCUCCUCCUCCCCCCCCUCUCCCUCCACCUCCGCCACCACUAGCACCUUUGCUACUCAGAAAAUCUGGUACCACUAAAGCACUUAAGGUUGAACCAUUAAAGAAAGAUGGACCCAUGCAUAUAACAGUUAAAGAUCUACUCACUGUGAAAUUAAAAAAGACACAGAGUAUUGACGAACGAAAAAAGCUUGUGCCAUCACCACCAGAGGAACGGACUCCACUAGUUACUGUCUCUGACCUGCAGCGUGUUACCCUAAAAUCUAACACCAGGGUGUUAGCAACUCGAAUUAAAAAUGUCUUAAUUUCUCCUGGUAAAAGCCAAAUCGAUCUCCGGAAACUCCUGAGAAAAGUCGAGGUAGAAAGGAGCCCAGGUGGAACCCCUCUUAACAACAAAGAAAACAUGGAAACAGGAACUGGACUCACUCCAGUUAUGACUCGGGCCUUAAGGAGAAAGUUUCAGCUGGCUCAUCCUCAAAGCCCUACUCAGUCUCUGCCACUUUCCACAAGCAGUUUUGAUGAACAAAACUGAGAGCAACUUGGCCUGACUUCCCUGGAGUGAUCCAUACAAUCAUAGACCAAUCCUCCCAAGUGUUAAUGUACUAAGAUAUGUAUAACUACAUGAAUGUAACUCUUCUUGAAGACUCAUAUGUUCUGGUGUUCAUGAUGGUAAGGGGACUGGAUGAGAAAAUGCGGUCUUCAAAGUAGUGUUUAUCCUGGAAUUACCCAAUUUAGGUUAGAGUGACUAUUCAAAUUUAGUUCCAUAGGGGUUGGCAAUAUGGUUCAAAAGACACUUGCCACCAAGCCUAAUGACUCAAGUCCAAUGCCCAGGUCCCAAAUAGAGGGAAGAAAAGUAUUAUGAUAUGUGCCCCUUCAACACACAAAAUUAAUAAAUAUGUUAAGAAAUACUAAUGGUAAAAAUAGUUUGUUAUAUAAAGGUAGUUAUGACAU